ACACUGGAUGACCAAGGCCCAAUGGAGGUUCGGUACACAGAAGAGGGUCCUGGACUUGGGAUCUUCAGAACAGAGUUGGGAGACCGGCGGCAACCCAUCUCCCAGUCCCAGCGCUGGUGCUGCCUGCAGCGUGGCUGUGCGGUUCUGGGAGCCCUGGGGCUGCUGGCUGGAGCAGGGGUCAGCUCAUGGCUCCUAGUACUGUAUCUAUGGCCGGUUGCCACUCCCCCCAUCUCCGGGACCUUGCAGGAGGAGGAGAUGAAUCUGAGCUGUCCAGGAGUCAGCAGGGAGGAAGAGCUUCUCUCAUCGCUUCCCAAAACAGUAUCUUUCAGAAUCAUGGGCGAGGAUCUCCUGCUUGAAGUGCAAGUAAGGGCUCGGCCAGACUGGCUCCUGGUCUGCCAUGAGGGCUGGAACCAUGCCUUGGGGAUGCGCAUUUGCCAGAGUCUUGGGCACCUCAGGCUCGCUCAGCACAAGGCAGUGAAUCUGUCUGACAUCAAGCUCACCAGAUCCCAGGAGUUUGCUCAGCUGUCUGCUAGACCGGGAGGUCUCCUCCAGGAGGCAUGGCAGCCCAGUGCUAGCUGUCCUUUUGGCCGAAUUGUUUCUCUCAAAUGUUCUGAGUGUGGGGCAAGACCUCUGGCUUCUCGAAUAGUUGGCGGUCAAGCUGUGGCUUCUGGGCGCUGGCCAUGGCAAGCGAGUGUGAUGCUUGGCUCCCGGCACACGUGCGGGGCCUCUGUGCUGGCACCCCACUGGGUAGUGACUGCUGCCCACUGCAUGUACAGUUUCAGGCUGUCCCGCCUGUCCAACUGGCGGGUGCAUGCAGGCUUGGUCAGUCACAGUGCCAUCCGACAGCAGCAGGGAGCAAUGGUGGAGAAAAUCAUUCCCCACCCUCUGUACAGUGCCCAGAACCAUGACUAUGAUGUGGCUCUCCUGCAGCUCCGGACUCCGCUCAACUUCUCAGACACUGUGGGCGCUGUGUGCUUGCCGGCCAAGGAGCAGCAGUUUCCAAGAGGGUCGCAGUGCUGGGUGUCUGGCUGGGGCCACACCGACCCCAGCCAUACUCAUAGCUCAGACACACUACAGGACACGGUGGUACCUCUGCUCAGCACUCACCUCUGCAACAGCUCAUGUGUGUACAGCGGGGCACUCACACACCGCAUGCUGUGUGCUGGCUACCUGGACGGAAGGGCAGACGCAUGCCAGGGGGACAGCGGGGGACCCCUUGUGUGUCCCAGUGGUGACGUGUGGCACCUUGUAGGGGUGGUCAGUUGGGGUCGUGGCUGUGCAGAGCCCAAUCACCCAGGUGUCUAUGCCAAGGUAGCGGAGUUCCUGGACUGGAUCCAUGACACCGUACAGGUCCACUAGCUACAGGAGAAGCAGCUGCCAUCUCCGAUGCCGAACUGUGGAUCUCCCGUGGAUCAUCCCAGACUGAGGGCCAGCAGCUGCAGCACUGGUUUCUCUCCUAAGGCUCUGAUUUCUCCUUCCUCUUUCUCACCUGAGCUGAGCGCCUCUGCAGCAGGAAGGAGGCUGGGGCUGGAGUGAGAAUAAUGAGGAAAGGAAGGGAUAAGAGGAGACGCAACAGAUGAGAUUUCUGGAAGCAUCUGGGAAACUGGUCCUCUGUUCUCCCUGGACUCCAUUGCAUCUAUCGGGAGGAUGCUGGAGGUGCCCUGCUUUCUCCCAGGGGCCUCAGGAGGGCUAAGUCCAACUCUAGAGAAUGCCCUAUCUCAAGGGCUCCUGGGCAGAUGAGGCCAACGUUGGACCAACUCAAGUAAAGACACGGAAGUCAGGGUCCCCACCCUACCCCACUGGUCCUGUUCUGAGCUAACUCUAGUAGCUCUAUAUGAGGCAGGAGUCUAUAAGACAAGAAAGACGGAGUUGGACAAGGAUGACAUUUUUCAAAUGACAUUCUGUUUACUGUUCGAAAGAGUUUUGUUAUUAAAUGGAAAUUAUAUAUAAUCUUG